UUCAGAGAAGCCAGAUAAACAUGGCACCGAAAGUUCCAGCAGCAAAGAAAGGCGAGAAGCGAGCGGGAAAAACUAAGUCGGCGGCAGUUGAUGGUUCGGCCAAGAAAAAGAGGAAGGGAAAGAGAAAGGAGAGCUAUGCGAUCUACAUCUACAAGGUCCUUAAGCAAGUUCAUCCCGAUACGGGUAUUUCUAGCAAGGCCAUGGGUAUCAUGAAUUCGUUUGUGAAUGAUAUCUUCGAGCGUAUCGCCAAUGAGUCUUCCCGCCUGGCGCACUACAACAAGAAGUCGACCAUCAGCUCCCGCGAGAUCCAGACCGCCAUCAGGUUGCUUCUGCCCGGAGAACUUGCAAAGCAUGCUGUCAGCGAAGGCACUAAGGCUGUCACCAAGUAUACCAGCAGCAAGUAAACAUCGACUCCAGCGUUGAUUCACAACAAAAACGGCUCCUUUAGGAGCCACCACAUGUCAUAAAAAGCAAUGUCCAACGUGUCAGUUCUUUAGU